CAAAAAAUCAUAGGGCGAAAGCCUAGUUGAGUGGAAAAAUUAGUCUUAAAAAGGUAUAGUUGUAAGCACAUGGCCGGAAAAUCGUCUAAAGUCCCGUUGAACGGCCGGGAAUUAGGUGACUUUGUCAAGAAAUCCGAUGAACCCGAAGGCAUAUGUGAAUUGAUAUUUGGGUUCUUAGACGAAGGCCUCGAGUUUUACUCGUCGGAAUGUUCGUUGGAUUCGAGCAUUAGCUAUAGUAGUGGAGAGAUAAUGCAUGCGGAGGACGAUGAAAAUGUAAACAAUAGUGAGGAGAACAAGGCGUUUUGGGAAUCACAAAGGGAGCUUCUUCACACAACACUGUGUAGGACAACUUCUUUUGAAUCAUUAGUCAGAAAAGCUACAAAGGAGGCUCUAAAAGAAUUGAAAUCAACAGGCAUCAAUUGCAACUGCAAGAAAAUGGUAGCAGAUAGUUGUAGGAAAUGUACACAAAAUGAAAUCUCCGAACGCCUUAGAAACGCAGGUUAUAAUUGCUUCAUUUGCAAGUCUAAGUGGAAAAGCUCGCGCGAAAUGCCUUCAGGUGAACACACAUAUAUGGAAGUGGUGCAGAAUCCAAUUUCAAAAAAGGGAGAAAUAAUGAAGGUGAUCAUAGAAUUGAAUUUCAGAGGAGAAUUCGAGAUGGCACGAGCUAACGAAGAGUACAAUGGUCUAGUGAAACAAUUGCCAGAAGUAUACGUAGGAAAAAUUGAGAGGCUUAGGAAUCUAAUAAAAAUAUUAUGUUGUGCAUCUAAGAAGUGUAUGAAGGAAAAGAAGAUGCACAUGGCUCCGUGGAGGAAGCAUAAGUACAUGCAAGCUAAGUAUGUCGGCACGCCGGAGAUGAAGCCGGAGCCAGUUUUUCCGGCGGUGAACAAUUUACGACGGUUAGUAGCAAGACCAAGAGCUUAUUCUAUGCUCACUUUCGAUUUGCUGGAAAGCUUGCCGCCGCCGCCGCCGCCGGGAUUAUAUUCUACGGCGAUUAAAGUUAUUUGAUGACGAUGUUAAAUUUUCUAGUAUAGUGCAGUGGUACGUAGAAAUUAGAAUAUUCCUAUUUUGCUCUUGGAAUCUCGAAUAAGAUCACAUGUAAAAUGGUGAGAGAUAUAGUUCGAAUGUUUGCGUAUGUAUUUUCUUAUUAGUGUAAGAAUAGUUAGUUAAGUAAUUAUUUUUAGAGUGUUUGUUUAUGUAUUUUGCCUUGAAGCUGGUUUUCGAAUAGUUAGUUAAGUAAUUAUUUUUA